UUCGAGCUUGCCGACCAUUUCCAUUACUUCUGACAGUUCCGCAGUUGUAAAAUAUUCCAUUUUUUUCGAAAAAAGGAAAAUUAAUUGUGAAAAAUUAAAAAUAAUGGUGAACACAAAAUUGCGCGAUAACUACCUCUUAAAACCCUCCAAAUUUCAUUUGCAUAUCUCGACCGGUUUCAGAGCAAUAAAUAAAUCGUCAAUUUUUAAGAAAAACUUUAUCUCGGAAAACGAAGCAUUUGCGGACAUCCGUUUAUAUAGCAAACUGUCAUUAUUUUUCCAAGCCGAAUCACCCCCCGAAGUUUGUCGCACUUAUUUACUAACACCCUGUAUAAUAAUUGUGACGUGUGUUUUUGCUGUUUCUACUAUCUAGGACAAUAAAUGUUUUUGAAUUGAUUUUGUCAUAAUAAAAUGAUGUUUUUCUAAGAUAUUAAGAUAAACUACACCAGAACAACAUAAUUUCCAGUACGCCUGUAAUAAUUGAUGAUUGAUUCACCCAAAUACAAUAAUGUAAAGCGUUCCAGUUCCCUUUAAGUAUGAUGACGAGCCAGGCCUUAGUAGGGGACCUUCUCAAUUAAUUUUCACUAACCACAGUCACAAAUGCAUGUCUUUUUCUACAUUUUUGAUGACCAAAAACUAUUUAUGCGCUGACUAUUGUCGCCAACGCAAAAGCGAAACAAUUUUCAGCAUCCGACGACGAUCUUCGGCGUUUCAGUCGCGAAUCGGCCGCUGGUAGCGCCGUUGUGGGAAAUUUCUAUCGCACGUAUAACGCACUCAAAAAAACACCUCGUGGAAAUCGAGGAUCGCGAGCGCGUAAGUGCGCUUUUUUCAAAUAUAUUUCUGGAUUUAAAGUUUUUGAAUAAUAUCUUGUUAUUUAUUUAAGAAUAAAGAAUAAUAAUAAUUAUUGGGUCGAGUAUCAGAUGUGAGUUGCUUUGUUGAACAUUUGUGAUGAUUAACAGUUAAGAAAAAAAAAAAAAACUGGAUUUUAACGUGGGUGCAUGUUCGGUCUGUUUGUUGGAAAGAUUUACCAAUUGGAUGCAUAAACUAUAGAGUUUCACUUAAAGAUAACAAGGAUGCCGAAGUAUGAAGAAGACCCACCAGAAUCACCUACAUAACUCAAUCAAACCAACCCCGUUUCCAUAAGUUACUACUAAGUGAUGCCAAGAAGAAGCAUGAAGUAGAUAAUUAAAAGACAGGACCAUGAUCACAAAGGACAUCCAACUAGGAACGUCCUUUUCACUACUAGACACCGACAACUUCACCGUUUUCCCCACUUCUACAACCCUAAGGCCAGAAAGUAACGUAACAAUCCAAACAGAAACAUUUUCGUGUUUCUAUUUUAUGCAACAGAGCGAGAAAGUGAACUUCUUCCGUUUUAUCACGAACGGCGUCCUAAUUAACGUUAUAGGAGUGUUUGGGAUCCUCGGUAACCUGAUCUCGAUGAUCAUCUUAUCCAGGCCGCAGAUGAGGAGCAGCAUCAACUAUUUGUUGAUCGGUCUGGCAAGGAUCGAUACCGUUUUAAUUAUAACCAGUAUUUUGGUCUUCGGACUACCUGGCAUUUAUCCUUAUAGUGGAGCACUAUUUACGUACUAUUUUAAGGUCUAUCCGCACAUAGCAGGAGUCGCUUACCCGCUGGCCCUAUCGAUGCAGACUGCCUCAGUUUACUUGACGAUGACCGUAUCGUUGGAACGUUACGUAGCAGUGUGCCAUCCUUUGCGCGCGAGGUCACUAUGCACCUAUGGACGAGCUCGCAUAUACGUCAUAGUAAUAGUCAUCAUUUCCAUACUCUACAACUUACCGAGACUGUGGGAGGGUAAAAUAAAGUCUGAGUGGUCGGAACAGCAUAACACGACCGUGUAUUGUCCGAUGCCCUCGGACUUUAGAGAGAACGAAACUUAUCAGACUGUCUACAUCCACUGGAUGUAUUUGAUUUAUAUGUACCUAGUGCCGUUCUUGGCUUUGGCCAUCCUCAAUUCUGCGAUAUAUCUGCAGGUCCUAAAAGCCAACAGAGAACGUCAACGUCUCUCACGUCUACAACAACGCGAAAUCGGCUUAGCGACCAUGCUCAUGUGCGUCGUCGCUGUAUUUUUCGUCUGUAACUUGCUGGCGAUGGUGAUAAACAUCAUCGAGACGUUCAAACUCCUGGAAGUGGAACAAGUGUUCGACCUUAACAUGAUGAUAAACUUGAGCAACCUACUGGUUACCAUAAACAGCAGUGUAAACUUUAUAAUUUAUGUGAUAUUCGGCGAGAAGUUUCAGAGGUUGUUUCUGUUUUUGUUCUGUCAUAACUCGUUGUUCUUUCCCGGUCGGGAGUCACCGGAAGCAACUCACGAUGACAGUUUCGUAUCCAAUGGAGAAAGAAGCUUCAGACUACAUAGGCAGGGUACAAGUCUGAGCCGCAAUAGUGGUAGCAGACACAGCAGAAUGAACGGUUCAAUCAACGACAGUAGGAAAAUAGGAAAGACUCCAAGUCCGGGUCCCUGCGUGUACUAUCCGGCAGCACGUAACAACCGAGAGAUAUCGGCUUACACUACACACACAUUUAUUGGCGGCGCCGAAUGACAUUUACCCUCCACGGACGUCUAAAACAAAAGGGGUCUGCAGGGAAUUCUAGACACUGAAAACUCGAACAUUUUAAACAUUAUAAACUUUUUCGUUUUUCUACCACAGUUUCACUUCUACUUGUAUGUAUAUAUAUGCGAACGCUCUAGUUUUAGACGGUUGUUUCCUUUUACUGCAUAUGUAGAUAGCAUGUAAGGUUUCGUUAAGUUAACUUAUUAUGUUUGCUCAAUAAAAUGCCAAAGUAUUAUCUGAAA